GACGGGGUUUGUAAACGUCAUCAUUCUGUGCCCGGACGAACUAAGCAUGGGUUCACGUGAGCUCAGUGUUUUACAGCAUUUGUCACAUAAAAAGAUUCUUCUCUGAUGCGUUUGUGUAUUAACAGGACAUACGAUAUUCAUUUUCGUUUGUACUCGUAUCCACAAUGCAGGCAGUGAAGGUCGGACGCUGUGCCUUUCUCAUUUCCAAACUCUCGCAGGCAACACGCAGUUCGCAGCUCGGCAGGGGACAGAUCGCGUGCAUUAGUGGAAUGACAACCGCUAGCUCACAGCCGGUUGUGAUUCGCAUCCCGAGACGCAUGCAAGAACGCAUAGAGGACAUCAAACAGAUGCAAAGCAAGAAGUUUAACAGGCUGCCAACAGUCAAGCCUGGUAGACUAUUGAUCAGGAGCAAAAACCCACAGCUAAAUCAGUCUGUCGGCUAUACACUUGGGAAAUUUGAACAACCUGUUCUGACAUCAAGGGGAUGGAAGAGUAACAAAGCGUUAGGGGAUUACUUUUCCAUAAACAGCAUCCAGAGUGCUCCACCAUCCAUGCUCAAGCAGAAGGACGAGGGUAACGACACAGCUUCUGCCCCUAAAAAGACAUUUAAUUGCUUUAACAUUUGUCCAGAACUGGUUGAGACUUUACACAGUCAGGAUAUUAUUCAUCCCACCACAGUGCAGAUGCAAACCAUUCCCAAAAUACUAAAAGGACGGAAUAUUCUCUGUGCUGCAGAGACAGGAAGUGGAAAAACACUUGCUUACCUCCUUCCCAUCAUCCACAGACUGCAGGCGGACAGGCAGGAGGAGCCGUUCACAGACACAAACAUUCGCGCUGUGGUCAUUGUUCCAUCACGGGAACUGGCAGAACAAGUGACAUCUGUAGCUCGAUCAAUCAGCCAGCAGUUUGGAUUAGUGGCCAAAGUCGCAGGAGGCGGGAGAGGUGUGGGAAACAUCAAAGUGGCGUUCACUCAUGGCCAGCCGGAUGUUUUAGUGGCCACACCUGGCGCCCUGCUAAAGGCCCUCCGGAAGCGGUUCAUCAGCUUGAGUGAAUUAAACUUCCUAGUAAUCGAUGAAGCUGACACUAUGUUUGAUGUCAGUUUUGCAGGCUUGCUUGAGGAUAUUUUUUCGCAUGCCCAGGUGGCGUCCAGACUCUCAGAGACGGUUGGGCUUGAUCACAAAGCUCAGUUGGUUGUGGUGGGAGCCACGUUUCCGGGUGGCAUAGGAGAGGUCCUCAGCAAGGUGACUGACCUGGCCAGCAUGGUGACCGUUAAAAGCAGAAUGCUACAUCAUCUCAUGCCGCAUGUAAAGCAGUCAUUUCUCAGGAUCAAAGGUGCAGACAAGAUUCUUGAGCUUCAUCAAGCUCUAAAGAAGGCUGAACUGGAGCAUAAAGGCAUUCUGGUGUUCUGUAACUCUGCUUCCACCGUCAACUGGCUGGGUUAUUCGCUGGAGGAGAUGGGUGUUUGUCAUAUGAGGCUCCAGGGAGAGAUGCCUGCAACUAUGAGAGAGGGAAUUUUCAGGAACUUUCAAAAAGGGAGUGUUGAUGUUCUAAUAUGCACUGACAUAGCUUCAAGAGGUUUGGAUACACAGAGGGUUGGACUUGUCAUCAACUAUGACUUCCCAGAGACCCACACAGAUUACAUUCACCGGGCAGGCCGUGUGGGGAGAGCAGGUGGCUCCGGGGGAGGGGAGGUGCUGAGCUUCGUUACUCACCCGUGGGAUGUGGAACUUGUGCAGAGAAUAGAGACCGCAGCAAGGAGGAGAACAUCUUUACCAGGGAUGGAGACAGAAAUUCAGAAACCGAGCAAUAAAAUUGAUGUUAAAGAAUGAUCUACAAAUCAGCCUUAUAAAAAAUGUGACAUUUUCAUUUGUAUAUCUGUUGUUUUGAACCUUUAAAAUAAACAUUUUAAAAGAA